ACAUCUUUGCCGUCCGUUGAUCUGAUGGUGAAAAUUUGAAUUAGAAGUGACUUUCCUUAUACCAAACCUUUCGGAACCCAAUUCUAGCCAGUCGAAUGCGCGUUAAUCCCGUCUACCUUGUCCUGGGCCUGCUUUCUAUGGUUUAUGCCGCACCUGUUGAUCUGGGCAGUGACUUGGGUUCGCACUCGAACUUCGAGAAAACUCUUCGAGCGCGGACGGCACAGGACAACCACGUCGUCUUCACCCGAUUUACUGGAGUGCACGCUCGAAAUGGCAAUCUACGACCUCCUCGUCCCCCGCCGAUUGUCGAAAUGCUCGUGCAUCAAGGACUUGCAACGCACUUCAAGGAAGAGAUGGAUGACCCGGAAUGGAGGAUUAAAUUUGACAAUGAAUUUAUUCCGGACCAAUGGACUCCUAACACCCAUGGGCUGAGUCUCCUAUUGUAUAUAUUCGGCAUUGGGGAUUGUGCACAUAAAUGGUGUCAGCUUACUGUUGAGUAUUCGGGCCCAUUUUCGCUGUCCUCUGUGGAGGCAAGCCCACUUUCUUUCAGUGUUUAGAUUGUCCAGAACUGUCCUUGACUCUUGAUGCAACUACCCUAUUGCAAUUUCUGACUUCUAUGGGUAACGCUAAGUUGAAACUUUCGAUGUGUUUUUCGAAAAUAGCCCCUGCUGGAAAUACGGUCACG